AUGCCUCUUGUCGCCUCAAACCCUAAGGACCGCAUCAUCCUGGGUCUCAUGACCUUUGGACCUAAGGAAUCUGACGGCGCCCGAGUCACCGACCUGGAGACGUUUAACAAGGCUCUCGAUGUCUUUCAGAGCCGUGGCUACAACGAGGUCGACACGGCCCGCGUCUACGUUGGCAGACAGCAGGAGGCCUUCACCCGCGAGACCAAGUGGAAGGAGAGAGGGUUGACGCUGGCCACAAAGGUCCAGUACCCUUCGCAGCCUGGUGAUAACGUCGCGGCCAAGGUUUUCGAGUCGGUUGAGACGAGCUUGAAGGAGCUGGGUACUGACUGCGUUGAUGACCGUGCAACCCCGUUUGCCGAGACUCUUGAGGCUCUCGACAAGCUCCACAAGCAAGGCAAGUUCGUCAAGCUGGGUAUCAGCAACUUCACGUCGUUCGAGGUGGCCGAGGUCGUCUUGACGUGCAAGUACAAUGGCUGGGUUCGGCCGACGGUGUACCAGGGCAUGUACAACGUCAUUACCCGCAGCAUCGAGCCCGAGCUGAUUCCGGCGCUGCGCCGCUACGGACUGGACCUUGUGGUGUACAACCCGAUCGCCGGCGGGCUCUUUUCGGGCAAGGUCAAGUCCAAGGACAUCGUGCCGACCGAGGGCCGGUUUUCGGACAAGCACGGCACGGGAGGCAACUACCGGAAGCGCUACUUCCGCGAGAGCACGUUCAAGGCGUUGCAGACGAUCGAGGCGGCGGUGGAGAAGAGUGGGCUCAGCAUGAUUGAGACGGCGCUGCGAUGGACGGUGCACCACUCGGGCCUCAAGAUCAAGGAUGGCAACGACGGCAUCAUCAUUGGCAUCUCGAGCGUGCAGCAGCUCGAGGACAACCUCAACCAUCUCGAAAAGGGCCCGCUUCCCGAAGAGGUUGUCCAGGCGCUCGAUCAGGCAUGGGCCAUCUCCAAGGCGGACACGACCAACUACUGGCACAUGGAUGUCGAGUACAAGUACGAUACCCGGGAUGCCCUGUUCAGCGCCGGGGCUAAGUGA